AUUUCUUUCCGCAUGCGAGAGGCGUGAUUGAAGUGUCCAUGCCACAGAUUUCAACAUGCAGAUUUUUGUAAAAACACUUACUGGGAAAACCAUCACCCUAGAAGUUGAGACAUCGGAUACUAUCGAAAAUGUUAAAGCUAAAAUUCAAGAUAAAGAAGGCAUUCCACCAGAUCAGCAAAGAUUAAUUUUUGCUGGAAAGCAACUGGAAGAUGGUAGAACUCUAUCAGAUUAUAACAUUCAGAAAGAGUCUACCUUGCAUUUAGUUCUACGUUUGCGUGGUGGAGCCAAAAAACGCAAGAAGAAGAAUUAUUCGACCCCUAAGAAAAUUAAACACAAAAAGAAGAAGGUCAAACUAGCUGUACUCAAAUUUUACAAGGUGGAUGAAAAUGGAAAAAUUCAUCGACUAAGAAGGGAGUGCCCCAUGGAACAAUGCGGUGCUGGAGUUUUUAUGGCAGCAAUGGAAGAUCGUCAUUACUGUGGCAAAUGCGGUUAUACGCUUGUAUUUAAUAAACCGGAAGACAAAUAAGUUGAAAAUAUGUACCUUCGCAUUGAUUAAAAAAAUGUCAUAAAUACAAA